UGGUAUCGACUUUUUGCCGCAAAUUUUUGACAAUAUGAUUCGGGUGUUUUUGUCAUGUGACUCCUCCCGCCUUCCAUUCAAAAUUUCGAAAUUCGAAUAUUUCGCGACCAACGAACUUGAUCUUCAACAUCGAAAAUCGAUCGAUGUGUUUUGGUUUACGUUUUCUGGAAUAAAUGGAUCCGUUCACCGAGAAACUUUUAGCACGAACGCAAGCAAGAAAAGCUGCACUUGCAAAGAAACGCGAGGAAGUGGCAAGUCGCAGUCCCGUGGUUACCCCUCGCCGACCAUUAGCAGAGAAGAACCCUAAAAAUCCUGGUGAAGUUGUCGCCCCAACACAAGAGCAACCAACAGUGACGUCACCCUCAGUUGUUGUGAAAACUACUGAAACAUUUGCACCCAAAACUGUUGUUUUUGAGAAGCUUGCCAAACAAGUUAGCCUACAGCAAAAAGAAUGCUUCAAUGAACUGGGAGAGGCAAAAAAUACAUUGAAACCCACACCAAAAAAACGAGAGGUGGUGAAAAGUGGAGAAGCAAGCUUAGAUAGGUUGUGCUCUGAUGAACCAAAGCUAAAGAAAGUUUUGAUAGAUGAAGUUGGCAAAGUGGAAAGUCCAUCAGUUAAGGACCGAACAGCAUUAUACAUGAAGCAGGUGUUAGAAGAUUCAAAUACAUCAAUCAAAGAAAAACUAGUUCUUCAACAGUCAAGAUCUAGUUUAGCAGGUGGACGUUUCUUCAAUGAUCCCCGUGCUGUAGAGGUUGAAGCUUCCAAAUCUGUGAUAAAAGAAAACAAGACUCCUGUAAAGCCACCUCGUGCAGCAGUUGCGGGCAAGGUUGUUAAAUCUCUCCUCUCUACAACCUCCGAGAGCAACAUUUCUGGAGAAGCUACCGAGAAGCAACUCUGCUCCGAUCAAAAUGCUCCACCAGUUAAACCACCCAGGACUCAAAAUAUUGAGAGCAAAGAUGUGAUAAAAUCAAAGACAUCCAGCGUUGCAAUCAAUUUGAAACGUCAGGCACCGCUGCCACCAAAUGAUUUUGGCUCAGUUAACAGUCCGAAAAAAGCGACUAAACUUCCAAAUGAAAAUGAGAGCUUCAAAUUGUGCUUUUCAAAAUCUGAAACGAGUCAAGCCUGCGAUGUACCUUCUAUCUCAGUGCAACCAUCGUCCCCACAACGUUGCAACCAUGACAAUGGUGAUCCAGAUGCAAACAAGGCAAAGAAUGCUGAUGACGUCGAGAUGACACAAUCCAAUAAAGAUACUGUGGCGCUAACUAACGAUCAACUAAUUGUAACAUCUGACGGCACUGUGCAACAACAACACAACAGCGACUGUAACAACAACAGCAACGUUUCCACAACCGAUAGAAGCACAUCAAAGAAGAAGAGCGAGAAGGAGUUGUUGACACACAUAUCAUCAAAGACAAAUCUCGACCUGGACUCAUCAAUGAAUCCUCACGAAAUCACUUUCAAUAUUUCCAUGACUGAAUUUGAUGAAGCUCUUCAAGAGGAAAAGAAGGUCAUGUUUCAAACGACAUAUGAUGAAAGCAUCAAAAAAGCAGAACAACAACAGUUGGAAAACGUAUCUCGUGACAACGAACCAGUAGCUGAUAGUUUAGACACAGCGAAUCCUGUCUUGUCCAUAUUCAAAGGAGUUAAGAAAUCCUGCUAUAACAGCGACCAAUAUGCUACAACUGUUACACCAAAGAAAGCUACUCUCGGUAAAACAGGAAAUUCCUCUUCUCAUGAAAAAGUACAGAUGUUGCUUGAAGAAGCGGCUUGCCAGCAAAACAUCGUGCUUCAGGCAAGUCAAGCUAUCAACACUUGUCUUGCUCUAUAUGAUGGACAAAAUACUGGAAGUUCUGAGGAAAUAGAAGCUGAGAGGUUGCUGCGAUUUUCUACUGAGCGACGUACAGCCUGUUUGGAGGAAGUUCAAAAAUUGAAAAGUAUGGAUAAAGACGAUACAAUCUCGAUAAAAAGUGUUGAUGUUACUACCACUACUAGAGUGUCCAAUGCCACCCUCAAAAUAUCAAAAAUCAAAAUUCCAGUUGAUAAGAAAAUUCUUCGCAGUGAAAAUGUAUCAGAGCAAUAUAUGCAUAGUUUUAUUUGCAUCGUGAAACACACUCCAAAACAGAUGUUUUGCACAAAAGCAGUUUCUUCGAGCGAAUUGAAGAAUGGCCAUAUCGUCUUCGAUGACAAAUUUGAAAUUAAAAAUGUGAAACCAUCCUUCUCUUUGACCAUCCAUGUCUUCGUUCUGAAAUCUCACUUGCACGCUUCGGCACUUCAAAAUAAGAACAGGAAGAAAAGUGUCAUGGGCAAGUCAGUUUUGGAUUCCCCGAAAAUCAAGCAAAUCAUAGGCAACACGAAAAAAGGAAACGAUAACGCAUUUCAAGGAAUGACGCCAGGUUCUUCUCCUGGGCCAGUAUUUCGUACCAGCGGUUUUACUCUUGCGUCCACGACUGAAGUUAACUUAGAGAACAUCAACUCUCCUAAUCACACUAUGCAUUUGACUCAAGAAAAAUCCAUUUUGAAUGGAGUCCUCAAUAUCAGUAUAGAAUGCAAACCAGAAUAUACAAACCAAGCGAGAGGAUUUUUGACUAUAUUUGAGGAUGUUGGUGGAUUAGGCGAUUGGCUACGUUAUUGGUGUGUACUUGAUGGUUGUGUUUUGAACUAUUGGAAAUAUCCCGACGAUGAUCUCAUUAAGCCACCGCUUGGAUUCAUUGAUCUUGGACUGUGCGUAAGCGAGUCUGUUACGAUUGUUCCCAGGGAUAUAUGCGCUCGACCUCAUACGAUGCAGAUGAUCUUGGAGAAACCGAUGACGGCCACCGACCGAGAGUCGUUGAUAGCAGUGAACGCUGACGGCAAAAUGCUGAUAAAGUACAUGCUAGCAGCUGAUACCAAGGCCGACAAGAUGACAUGGCUAAAUACUAUCAAUGAUUCCCUUGAGGAUCGGAGAGCUUGGCAUUCAAUGAUGAAUGUGAAGCAGCGAGCACAAUCUGUUUAAAAUCAAUUCCCUAAUGCAUAAAUGUUAUAGUAACACUGAAAAACAAUUUAAAAGGUGUAAAGAUUAACUGCUAUAUAAAUAAGGGAAGAUAAA